AUGUCCGCCGCACGCUUGAUUCCGGUUUUCAAGUCUCGAGUGACAAGCUCGGUCGCAGCCUCCACCAUCGGCAUUCGGUCCAUCUCAUCGACUGCUAGCUAUCAGAAAGGGCCUAUCGAUGCAACCAAGGACACCCUGAAGAAGGCUGAUCGGGUUGUCUCGGAUGCGGCAGUUGGGGGUAUAAACAAAGGAGAGCAAGCGAAGGAGAAGAUUAAGAACGCCAUGGGUGCCACUAGCCAGGAUGCCCAGGCCAAGGCGCAGGAGUUGAAGGGCGACGCGGCUCAAUAUGCAGGCGAGGGCAAAGGGAAGGCGGAGCACGCGGCCGGAAAGGCAAAGGGAAAGGCCGAGGAGGCCAUGGGCGAGGCAGCUGGCAAGGCCAAGGAGGCUAAAAAGAGCCAUCUCGGUUGA